UGGGCGUACAAGUCCAGCGGUUCAACCAUUCCAGCAAGUCUCUUUCCUCGUCUGUUUUCUGGCUGCGUGUUCUCUAACGGACGGAGUCGAGCGGCCGCGGAGGAUUAUAUAAACCAGAAGGCUCCACGACUCACCAAACCGGUUUCGCCAUGUCACGUGAUCACUACGACUCGUCGACAGUCGGCUGCAAAAUGGAGGGUGAUUCAGAUGAGCGUGAGACCCGAGAACCAGAGCAGCAGAGGAAGCUGUUCAUCGGCGGUCUGAGCUUUGAAACGACGGAGGAAAGUUUGCGGGCCCACUUUGAGAAAUGGGGUACACUCGUAGACUGCGUGGUGAUGAGGGACCCCGUCGGCAAGCGUUCUCGGGGGUUUGGCUUUGUCACCUACUCCUCUGUGAAGGAAGUUGAUGAAGCGAUGAAAGAAAGGCCUCAUAAAGUUGAUGGCCGAGUGGUGGAACCAAAGAGAGCUGUGUCCAGAGAGGACUCCAAUAAGCCAGGUGCCCACCUGACAGUGAAGAAGAUCUUCGUGGGUGGCAUUAAGGAGGACACAGAGGAGUACCACAUUCGAGAAUACUUUGAACGAUAUGGAAACAUUGAGUCCAUUGAGAUAAUGAUGGAACGUGCCACAUCAAAGAAAAGAGGCUUCUGCUUCGUCACUUUCGACGACCACGACACAGUCGAUAAGAUCGUUGCGCAAAAAUACCACACCAUCAACCACCACAACUGUGAAGUCAGGAAAGCCCUCUCCAAGCAGGAGAUGAAUGCCAUGUCCAAUAGCAGGGGGAGAAGUGGAGGACCUGGAAACUUCAUGGGCAAAGGAGGCGGUGGCUUCAACAGAGGUGGAUACAAUGGAGGGCGUGGCGGCUACGACGACUAUGACAAUGAUGGUGGCUAUGGUGGUGGAGGGUACGGAGGCCGAGGUGGAGGGGGCUACGGUGGUGGUGGUCCCGGAUAUGGAAACCAUGGAGGAGGAUAUGGUGGCAACUGCAACGGAGGCUACGGUGGAAAUGAUCGAGGGUACGGAGGUGGCGGAAACUACAAUGAUUUUGGAAACUAUGGCGGGCAGCAGUCCAAUUAUGGCCCAAUGAGGGGAAACAACUAUGGCCGUAACUCCAGUCCAUAUGGAGGUGGCGGCUAUGGAUCUGGAGGGGGCGGCAGUGGCGGCGGCGGAGGUGGCUACGGCUCCCGGCGCUAUUAAUCUCCUCUUGUUAUUGGCUUCAGUCUUAGGAGAGGCGAGGAGGUGAGCAGGAGUUGUCAGGAAAGCUGCAGGUUACUUUGAGGCAGUCAUCUGAAAGCAUUAGAAGAAUUCAGAAUUAACUGCAGCUCAGUCGGAGAAGUUUCUGGAAGAGGACACGAGAUGAGUGCAGAUGAAACCUUUUCCUUGUCGUGUUAGAUGUCCCCUUGCUCGCCAAUGCUCUCCUAAUUGCGUGUGUGUAUGAUGUUAUCCUCCCGAGUACUUUUUGAUUAUUUUAAUCAUAAGGCCGUUUACAGCAUUAUUACGUUCGCUCACUGGGGUUGCUUUUAUGUUAGUCAAUAUUUGUCUUUUUAAAAAUGUUUUUUUUCCUCUUUUGUAAUUUGCCUCAGAUGUAGGAGAUCUGCAAAGUAGCCAGAAUAAAGUUUUUUCUAAAGUGAUUGUUUGUCAAGCACAGUCCUGUAAAUCAACCUAUAGUGCUAGUGUUCAAACUGAACUGUCUGGAUCAAUAAUGUUCGAGAAUCUGAUUGGUAGAAAAAGAUCGAAUAAAGUUUGCAGUAAAGAAA